AUGGCCGGACCCUGCUCGGCGCGGCUGCAGGGCGACGUGGCCGCCUUCACCGCUGCCCUGCGCACCCUGGUCAACAACCCCCAGUUCAGCGAUGUGAUGUUCGUGGUGGGCCAGGAGCAGCAGAAGGUGUUUGCACACCGCUGUGUGCUCGUGUGCCGCUGUCAGGCGUUCCGUGGGAUGCUCAGCCAGGCGCCAGUGGGCAGCCAGGAUUCCUCCAGCAGCGUCCCACCCCAGGGCCCCUUCAUCCUGGGCAACGUGCAGCCUGAGGUCUUCCUGGCCGUCAUUGAGUUCCUCUACACUAACAGUGUUACCCUCAACAGCCACAUAGCACUGGAGGUACUGACCUCAUCGGUGGAGUACGGCUUGCAGGACUUGUGCAAGCUCUGUGUCAAGUUCAUCAAGGACACGCUGAGUGUGGAGCAGGUCUGCGAGGCCCUGCAGGCUGCAGUGACCUACGGUCAGGUGGACCUCCAGCAGCACUGCCUGGACUUCAUCGAGGGCUGCACCGCGGCAGUGGUGCGGACACAGGGCUUCCGUGAGCUCUCUGACGUGGUGCUGGCACGGGUGCUGCGCAGUGACCGCCUGGCCGUGGAUGAGCUGGACCUGGUGCAGGCUGUGCGGGAGUGGGCACACGUCAGCUCGGCUGUCCUGGAGCGUCCGGUGCCGGAGGUGGCUGCCCUGCCCGUGAGGGAGCUGCGCCUGCCCUUGCUGGCACCCAGCGAACUGGUGACACUGGAGAGCUACAACCAGCAGGACCUCCUCAUCCCGGUGGAGCACAUCGCGGCAGCCUGGCGUGCCCAUGCACUGAGGAGGGGCAGUGGGGUCCCCUCCCGCCUCUGCCGCCCCCGCCGGGGCACGCGGCCCCGCGACCAUCACCGUCACCUCGAGCCACACGCCAAGUAGGGGUUGGGCAACGAGUUUUGUCCAGCCCAACCAGGGACUCUUCAGCGGGGCAGGCUGUGGGGCUGGGCACUGAUGCUGCCGUGACCAAGAGCAUCGAUAAGGUGCUUUGUCCCACGUCACAGCAUCGGGGCAAGGGUAUGAUGCCGCCUGGGUCACCCCCAAAAGUGAUGCAAGGGCUGGGCUAUGCGAUGGGUGCAAGGACACUGCAGGCUGCCCAGGCAGUGACCCAGGGGUGGUGGGGCUGCAAAGAUCCCUGCAGGGACUCAAGAUGAGCUCCCCCUUCCCCAGGGCCGUGCUGCCCUCCGCCGGCAGCGGGCCCGUGCUGCAGCAGGAGAGAGCGCCA